ACCGCUGGUACAAACCCUGCCUUUAAGGACUACUGUUAAUAAUGGAACUGUGUUACCAAAGAAACCAAGUGGCUCUUUACCUUCUCCAUCAGGAACCAGAAAGGAAACUGUAUCACCAGCAGCAAAAAGCACUGUUAAGAGAACCAGUUCCGCUGAGCGUGUGUCCCCAGGCGGUCGGAGGGAAAGCUAUGGAGAUUCCAAAGGGAGUCGCAACCGCACUGGAUCCACCAGCAGUUCAUCUAGUGGUAAAAAGAACAGUGAAAGCAAACCCAAGGAACCAAUGUUCAGUGCAGAGGAAGGAUACGUAAAAAUGUUUCUUCGUGGACGUCCUGUUACCAUGUACAUGCCCAAAGAGCAAGUGGAAUCUUACAAUUUGGAAGCAAAAGUAGAACUACCAGCCAAGAGGCUUAAACUGGAAUGGGUCUAUGGAUAUAGGGGUCGGGACUGUCGCAGUAAUCUCUAUCUUCUUCCAACGGGUGAAACUGUAUAUUUCAUCGCAUCUGUAGUUGUGUUAUUCAAUGUUGAAGAGCAACUUCAGAGACAUUACACUGGUCAUAACGAUGAUGUGAAGUGCCUGGCUGUCCAUCCUGAUAGGAUCACUAUAGCAACGGGUCAAGUUGCAGGGACAUCCAAGGAUGGAAAACAAUUGCCACCACACGUGCGUGUCUGGGAUUCUGUAACUCUGAAUACACUGCAUGUCAUUGGAAUGGGGUUUUUUGACCGAGCUGUCACUUGCAUUGCUUUUUCUAAAUCUAAUGGAGGAAGUAGCCUGUGCUCCGUGGAUGACUCAAACGACCAUGUGCUUUCUGUGUGGGACUGGCAGAAAGAAGAAAAGCUGGCAGAUGUCAAGUGCUCUAAUGAGGCUGUAUUUGCUGCAGAUUUUCACCCUACUGACACAAAUAUAAUAGUUACUUGUGGAAAAUCACACCUUUAUUUUUGGACACUAGAAGGGAAUUCCCUUAUUAAAAAGCAAGGAUUAUUUGAGAAACAAGAGAAGCCAAAGUUUGUCCUGUGUGUGACCUUUUCUGAAAAUGGUGAUACUAUUACAGGAGACUCAAGCGGAAAUAUUUUGGUUUGGGGGAAAGGUACCAAUAGAAUAAGCCACGCAGUUCAAGGGGCACAUGAAGGUGGAAUAUUUGCGCUGUGUAUGCUGCGAGACGGCACAUUAGUAUCAGGAGGUGGAAAAGACCGAAAGCUGAUAUCUUGGAAUGGAAAUUACCAAAAACUUCACAAAACUGAGAUUCCAGAGCAGUUUGGUCCAGUAAGAACAGUAGCAGAGGGAAAAGGGGACGUUGUAUUAAUAGGAACCACUAGAAACUUUGUCCUACAGGGCACGCUAUCAGGAGAUUUUUUCCCUAUUACCCAGGGUCACACUGAUGAGCUUUGGGGACUUGCAGUCCAUUCCUCUAAACCUCAGUUCUUCACUUGUGGACAUGACAAACACAUUACCCUCUGGGAUGCUACCACUCAUCGUCCUAUCUGGAACAAGAUUAUAGAGGAUCCAGCACAGUCUUCAGGUUUUCAUCCUUCAGCAUCUGUUGUUGCAGUAGGGACGCUGACCGGAAGGUGGUUUGUGUUUGACACAGAAACAAAAGACUUGGUCACUGUACACACAGAUGGAAACGAACAGCUGUCUGUAAUGCGUUACUCACCAGAUGGAAACUUCUUGGCAAUAGGUUCCCAUGACAACUGUAUUUAUAUAUAUGGCAUAAGUGAAAAUGGAAGAAAGUACACUAGAAUUGGCAAAUGUUCGGGUCAUUCCAGCUUCAUUACUCAUCUGGAUUGGUCUGUUAAUUCACAGUAUCUUGUGUCUAAUUCAGGAGACUAUGAAAUCUUAUACUGGAUCCCCUCUGCUUGUAAACAAGUCGUGAGUGUUGAAACAACUAGAGAUCUAGAGUGGGCCACUUACACCUGUACUUUAGGAUUCCAUGUUUUUGGUGUAUGGCCUGAAGGUUCAGAUGGAACAGAUAUCAACGCUGUCUGUCGAUCACAUGGGAGAAAACUGCUAUCAACGGGGGAUGAUUUUGGCAAAGUACAUCUCUUCUCAUAUCCAUGUUCACAGUUUAGGGCUCCAAGCCAUGUGUACGGUGGACAUAGUAGUCAUGUAACUAAUGUAGAUUUUCUCUGUGAAGACACCCAUCUCAUCUCCACAGGCGGAAAAGAUACAAGUAUUAUGCAGUGGCGAGUCAUUUAAAGGAAACAUCAGUGUGAACAUACACAGUUGAGUCGACCAUGCACAGAACUUAUGUAUAAACUGUAUAUUUAAAACUUAACAGUAUGUUUGCAGUUUAGCCUGGUCACUGUGAUUUUUGUUUAAAAAAUUCUUACAAACCUCAGGAAAAUUAAGCCCUGUGCUGGUUACCUUACUCAGUCUAGUGAUUUUUUGUUUUCAUUGUGUCACCUUUAAGAAUGCUCGUUUUCUCUUCUGUUGUACAAUAUACAAUGCAGUACAAGUUUAAUAUAAGAAAUGUGGCUUGACAGUUUGCAAUACGGCGGUAUCAGCAGAAUGUGACUAUCUUAAAUGUUUCCUAUAAACACUGCUAAAAUGGUCACAAAAAUGCCUUUCAAAGACUGUAUAUAUGUGCUUAUUUGUUUCACUAUCUACACUUUGUACUGUAUAUCUACUUAUUUAGAAAAAUCUAUGACAAUGUCGAGGUACCAAAUUGUUUCUGGUGGAGGAUGAUGAAUAGAUACAAAAAGUAUAAACCGAGAUGUAAGAUGCAAAAAUUAGUGUUCUAGACCUGAAAAUGUGAAUGCUGGUAAAUUUGCAUUCUCCUGGGAAUAGCACACCUUGGGUGUCACCCGUGAG